UCACACCACGUGCUUAUCACCCCACACGCGAUACACACAUACUUUGUCGCCACCCAGACCUCUCAGUAACCAUGAAGACCGCAUUUGCCGCUCUCGCCAUGUGUGGAACAACCUCUGCAUUUGUCACCCCCAACGCUGUGAAGGCGCUGGCGCCCUCGACGAGAGCGUCCUCGUCGCUGUCGAUGGAGUUUGCGGGAGGGUUGCGAGGCGCGGACGGACCGGAGCCGAACUCUAAGAACUUCGACCCUUUUGGAUUCUCUGAGGCCCGACCUGAGAACCUCUUGUUCUUCCGGGAAGCAGAGAUCAAGCACGGUCGCAUCGCCAUGCUUGCCAUCUGCGGCCUGAUCGCACCAGAAUUCGUCCGCGUGCCGGGAGAGAUCUACCAGGACGUCUCGGUCCUCGACGCUCACAACGUCAUGGUGGAGAAGGGCCCCAUGUGGCAGCUUCUGUUCUGGAUCUCGUUGGCCGAGAUCAUCCUCUUCCCCACCGUCAUCGACAUGGACAAGAAGGACCGCGAGCCAGGAGACUUCGCCCUCGACCCCCUCAACCUCUGCAAGACCCCCGAGAAGACGGAGAAGUACAAGCUCGCGGAGCUUAAGCACGGCCGUUUGGCAAUGAUGGCGGUAUCGGGCGCCCUGACGCAGAUGGCAAUGUUCGGCCACGGAUACCCGUUCUUGGCUUAGACUAAUUAACUCAGCCGUUGUUGUUUCGGUUCCUCUUGCUCCGGUGUCGAGAGAACGGAGCCUUGUUUAGUCAGGCGUUUGGGCAAGGACGGGCGGAUUUUAUUUUGCCCCCAAUCCGCGCCGUUGCUGCCCCUUCCGUCACCUUUUGUUUCCCCGUGUUCUUCCCUCCCUCCCUUUGUUCGGACGUGGCUGCUGCCGAGACUGGCUCUUGCCGCUCAUAUUCGCUUUCUUUUGUUGUUUUGCAAGAGAAAUUUUGGAGCGUGAGUUGGGUGGGCUUUCGAUGCGUCUUGCAAGUGUAUGUAUAAAGAUAGCCUUGAGAGGAUGCGCGGUAUGUAGAGAAAACUAGAGAAAUGAGUGGCUUUUAACAGCGGCGACAUCAAGCAGACGACGGCCGACGCUGAAUUUGUGUUGCCUCUGGGCAGCUUUAUGCUCUUAUGGCGCACGUAAGGAAACAGUUGAUGGUGUAACCAGUGAGCUCCAAGACACGCCAAGAGUCAUGUAGCCUCGGACUGUGCGUAAGAGGUAGGAGAGAGAGAGAGAUUGCGUGGUAGCGAAGGGUUUAGGCAGCCGGCCUGGUCGCUCCUGCUUUGCACCAAAAUUGAAUCCAAGCUCAUUUGAUUCUUGUCUUUUGUCCUUCGUCCUUCGGUGUCGCAUUGGACGGAUGUACCGUCUCUUGCGAUACUUUUUCUUCUUUUGACUGCUGCUGCGGUGACAACAUGACAUGCUGCGUCGAGUGGAGCACCUCCUAUACCCCGCCUAGAUAGACCUUGCCGCUUCGGCGCGCUCGCGGUUAUGUAGGAUUUGAGGCACUGGCACAGAGCUUUUCGUGUGUCCGGACAUGAAAAUUGAAACCACAUAAUUUUUUAAAGCGCUCUGCAGAGUUCUCGCGAGCAAACUC